CAUUCAGCGGUCGCGAGCUGCCCGCGAGGGGGAGCGGCCGGACGGAGAGCGCGACCCGUCCCGGGGGUGGGGCCGGGCGCAGCGGCGAGAGGAGGCGAAGGUGGCUGCGGUAGCAGCAGCGCGGCAGCCUCGGACCCAGCCCGGAACGCAGGGCGGCCGCUGCAGGUCCCCGCUCCCCUCCCCGUGCGUCCGCCCAUGGCCGCCGCGGGGCAGCUGUGCUUGCUCUACCUGUCGGCGGGGCUCCUGUCCCGGCUCGGCGCAGCCUUCAACUUGGACACUCGGGAGGACAACGUGAUCCGGAAAUAUGGAGACCCCGGGAGCCUCUUCGGCUUCUCGCUGGCCAUGCACUGGCAACUGCAGCCCGAGGACAAGCGGCUGUUGCUCGUGGGGGCCCCGCGGGCAGAAGCACUUCCACUGCAGAGAGCCAACAGAACGGGAGGGCUGUACAGCUGCGACAUCACCGCCCGGGGGCCAUGCACGCGGAUCGAAUUUGAUAACGAUGCUGACCCCACGUCAGAAAGCAAGGAAGAUCAGUGGAUGGGGGUCACCGUCCAGAGCCAAGGUCCAGGGGGCAAGGUCGUGACAUGUGCUCACCGAUAUGAAAAAAGGCAGCAUGUUAAUACGAAGCAGGAAUCCCGAGACAUCUUUGGGCGGUGUUAUGUCCUGAGUCAGAAUCUCAGGAUUGAAGACGAUAUGGAUGGGGGAGAUUGGAGCUUUUGUGAUGGGCGAUUGAGAGGCCAUGAGAAAUUUGGCUCUUGCCAGCAAGGUGUAGCAGCUACUUUUACUAAAGACUUUCAUUACAUUGUAUUUGGAGCCCCGGGUACUUAUAACUGGAAAGGGAUUGUUCGUGUAGAGCAAAAGAAUAACACUUUUUUUGACAUGAACAUCUUUGAAGAUGGGCCUUAUGAAGUUGGUGGAGAGACUGAGCAUGAUGAAAGUCUCGUUCCUGUUCCUGCUAACAGUUACUUAGGCCUGCUGUUUUUGACCAGCGUUUCAUAUACAGAUCCUGAUCAGUUUGUUUAUAAAACACGGCCUCCCCGGGAGCAGCCUGACACAUUCCCUGAUGUGAUGAUGAAUAGCUACCUAGGUUUUUCUUUGGACUCAGGGAAAGGUAUUGUUUCUAAAGAUGAGAUCACUUUUGUAUCUGGUGCUCCCAGAGCCAAUCACAGUGGAGCCGUGGUUUUGCUAAAGAGAGACAUGAAGUCUGCACAUCUCCUCCCUGAGCACAUAUUUGAUGGAGAAGGUCUGGCCUCUUCAUUUGGCUAUGAUGUGGCGGUGGUGGACCUCAACAAGGAUGGGUGGCAAGAUAUAGUUAUUGGAGCCCCACAGUAUUUUGAUAGAGAUGGAGAAGUUGGAGGUGCAGUGUAUGUCUACAUGAACCAGCAAGGCAGAUGGAAUAAUGUGAAGCCAAUUCGUCUUAAUGGAACCAAAGAUUCUAUGUUUGGCAUUGCAGUAAAAAAUAUUGGAGAUAUUAAUCAAGAUGGCUACCCAGAUAUUGCAGUUGGAGCUCCGUAUGAUGACUUGGGAAAGGUUUUUAUCUAUCAUGGAUCUGCAAAUGGAAUAAAUACCAAACCAACACAGGUUCUCAAGGGUAUAUCACCUUAUUUUGGAUAUUCAAUUGCUGGAAACAUGGACCUUGAUCGAAAUUCCUACCCUGAUGUUGCUGUUGGUUCCCUCUCAGAUUCAGUAACUAUUUUCAGAUCCCGGCCUGUGAUUAAUAUUCAGAAAACCAUCACAGUAACUCCUAACAGAAUUGACCUCCGCCAGAAAACAGCGUGUGGGGCGCCUAGUGGGAUAUGCCUCCAGGUUAAAUCCUGUUUUGAAUAUACUGCUAACCCCGCUGGUUAUAAUCCUUCAAUAUCAAUUGUGGGCACACUUGAAGCUGAAAAAGAAAGAAGAAAAUCUGGGCUAUCCUCAAGAGUUCAGUUUCGAAACCAAGGUUCUGAGCCCAAAUAUACUCAAGAACUAACUCUGAAGAGGCAGAAACAGAAAGUGUGCAUGGAGGAAACCCUGUGGCUACAGGAUAAUAUCAGAGAUAAACUGCGUCCCAUUCCCAUAACUGCUUCAGUGGAGAUCCAAGAGCCAAGCUCUCGUAGGCGAGUGAAUUCACUUCCAGAAGUUCUUCCAAUUCUUAAUUCAGAUGAACCCAAGACAGCUCACAUUGAUGUUCACUUCUUAAAAGAGGGAUGUGGAGAUGACAAUGUAUGUAACAGCAACCUUAAACUAGAAUAUAAAUUUUGCACCCGAGAAGGAAAUCAAGACAAAUUUUCUUAUUUACCAAUUCAAAAAGGUGUACCAGAACUAGUUCUAAAAGAUCAGAAGGAUAUUGCUUUAGAAAUAACAGUGACAAACAGCCCUUCCAACCCAAGGAAUCCCACAAAAGAUGGCGAUGACGCCCAUGAGGCUAAACUGAUUGCAACGUUUCCAGACACUUUAACAUAUUCUGCAUAUAGAGAACUGAGGGCUUUCCCUGAGAAACAGUUGAGUUGUGUUGCCAACCAGAAUGGCUCGCAAGCUGACUGUGAGCUCGGAAAUCCUUUUAAAAGAAAUUCAAAUGUCACUUUUUAUUUGGUUUUAAGUACAACUGAAGUCACCUUUGACACCCCAGAUCUGGAUAUUAAUCUGAAGUUAGAAACAACAAGCAAUCAAGAUAAUUUGGCUCCAAUUACAGCUAAAGCAAAAGUGGUUAUUGAACUGCUUUUAUCGGUCUCGGGAGUUGCUAAACCUUCCCAGGUGUAUUUUGGAGGUACAGUUGUUGGCGAGCAAGCUAUGAAAUCUGAAGAUGAAGUGGGAAGUUUAAUAGAGUAUGAAUUCAGGGUGAUAAACUUAGGUAAACCUCUUACAAACCUCGGCACAGCAACCUUGAACAUUCAGUGGCCAAAAGAAAUUAGCAAUGGGAAAUGGUUGCUUUAUUUGGUGAAAGUAGAAUCCAAAGGAUUGGAAAAGGUAACUUGUGAGCCACAAAAGGAGAUAAACUCCCUGAACCUAACGGAGUCUCACAACUCAAGAAAGAAACGGGAAAUUACUGAAAAACAGAUAGAUGAUAACAGAAAAUUUUCUUUAUUUGCUGAAAGAAAAUACCAGACUCUUAACUGUAGCGUGAACGUGAACUGUGUGAACAUCAGAUGCCCGCUGCGAGGGCUGGACAGCAAGGCGUCUCUUAUUUUGCGCUCGAGGUUAUGGAACAGCACAUUUCUAGAGGAGUAUUCCAAACUGAACUACUUGGACAUUCUCAUGCGAGCCUUCAUUGAUGUGACUGCUGCUGCCGAAAAUAUCAGGCUGCCAAAUGCAGGCACUCAGGUUCGAGUGACUGUGUUUCCCUCAAAGACUGUAGCUCAGUAUUCGGGAGUACCUUGGUGGAUCAUCCUAGUGGCUAUUCUCGCUGGGAUCUUGAUGCUUGCUUUAUUAGUGUUUAUACUAUGGAAGUGUGGAUUCUUUAAACGCUCUAGGUACGAUGACAGUGUUCCCCGAUACCAUGCUGUAAGGAUCCGGAAAGAAGAGCGAGAGAUCAAAGAUGAAAAGUAUAUUGAUAACCUUGAAAAAAAACAGUGGAUCACAAAGUGGAACGAAAAUGAAAGCUACUCAUAGGGGGGCGCCUAAAAAAAAAAAAGCUUCACAGUACCCAAACUGCUUUUUCCAACUCAGAAAUUCAAUUUGGAUUUAAAAGCCUGCUCAAUCCCUGAGGACUGAUUUCAGAGUGACUACACACAGUACGAACCUACAGUUUUAACUGUGGAUAUUGUUACGUAGCCUAAGGCUCCUGUUUUGCACAGCCAAAUUUAAAACUGUUGGAAUGGAUUUUUCUUUAACUGCCUUAAUUUAACUUUCUGGGUUGCCUUUGUUUUUGGCGUGGCUGACUUACAUCAUGUGUUGGGGAAGGGCCUGCCCAGUUGCACUCAGGUGACAUCCUCCAGAUAGUGUAGCUGAGGAGGCACCUACACUCACCUGCACUAACAGAGUGGCCGUCCUAACUUCGGGCCUGCUGCGCAGACAUCCAUCACGUUAGCUGUCCCACAUCACAAGACUAUGCCAUUGGGGUAGUUGUGUUUCAACGGAAAGUGCUGUCUUAAACUAAAUGUGCAAUAGAAGGUGAUGUUGCCAUCCUACCGUCUUUUCCUGUUACUUAGCUGUGUGAAUACCUGCUCACGUCAAAUGCAUACAAGUUUCAUUCUCCCUUUCACUAAAACACACAGGUGCAACAGACUUGAAUGCUAGUUUUACUUAUUUGUAUAUGGUAUUUAUUUUUUCUUUUCUUUACAAACCAUUUUGUUAUUGACUAACAGGCCAAAGAGUCUCCGGUUUACCCUUCAGGUUGGUUUAAUCAAUCAGAAUUAGAGCAUGGGAGGUCAUCACUUUGACCUAAAUUAUUUACUGCAAAAAGAAAAUCUUUAUAAAUGUACCAGAGAGAGUUGUUUUAAUAAAUUAUCUAUAAAUUAUAACCUCUCCUUCACGACAGCCUCCACCCCACAACCCAAAAGGUUUAAGAAAUAGAAUUAUAACUAACUGUAAAGAUGUUUAAUUAUUUCAGGCAUUGGAUAUUUUUUAGUUUAGAAGCCUGCGUAAUGUUUCUGGAUUUCAUACUGUAACAUUCAGGAAUUCUUGGAGAAAAUGGGUUUAUUCACUGAACUCUAGUGCGGUUUACUCACUGCUGCAAAUACUGUAUAUUCAGGACUUGAAAGAAAUGGGGAAUGCCUAUGGUGGAUCCAAACUGAUCCAGUAGACUACUGAAUCUGCUACCAAAACAGUUAAUCAGUGAGUCGAUGUUCUAUUUUUGUUUUGUUUCCUCCCCUAUCUGUAUUCCCAAAAAUUACUUUGGGGCUAAUUUAACAAGAACUUUAAAUUGUGUUUUAAUUGUAAAAAUGGCAGGGGGUGGAAUUAUUACUCUAUACAUUCAACAGAGACUGAAUAGAUAUGAAAGCUGAUUUUUUUUAAUUAGCAUGCUUCACAAUGUUAAGUUAUAUGGGGAGCAACAGCAAACAGGUGCUAAUUUGUUUUGGGUAUAGUAUAAGCAGUGUCUGUUUUGAAAAACUAGAACAUGGUUUGUAGUGCCACUGUUGUUUUGGGGGGGCUUUUUUCUUUUCAGAAAUCUUAAACCUUAAGAUACUAAGGACGUUGUUUUGGUUGUACUUUACUUUGGAAUUCUUAUUCACAAAAUAUAUUUUGUUUACAAAAAUUUCUGUAAAACAGGUUAUAACAGUGUUUAAAGUCUCAGUUUCUUGCUUGGGGAACUUGUGUCCCUAAUGUGUUUAGAUUGCUAAGGAGCUGAUACUUUGACAGUGUUUUUAGACCUGUGUUACUAAAAAAAAGAUGAAUGUCCUGAAAAGGGUGGUUCAACAAAGAAACAAAGAUGUUAUGGUGUUUAGAUUUAUGGUUGUUAAAAAUGUCAUCUCAAGUCAAGUCACUGGUCUGUUUGCAUUUGAUACAUUUUUGUACUAACUAGCAUUGUAAAAUUAUUUCAUGAUUAGAAAUUACCUGUGGAUAUUUGUAUAAAAGUGUGAAAUAAAUUUUUUAUAAAAGUG